AUGCAAGAAACCGGUAAAACGGAAGAGGAGAUUGAUAGGACAAUGUUAUGGAAAAAAGAAAGAGAAUUGAAGACAGGAGGAUACGAAUCAGAUGUCAAGAUAACUGUUGAUAGAAUUAAUGUUAAGCAAUACUUAGAGAUUGAGAACGAGAGGUUGGAUAAACGAAUCCACAAACAUGAAGAUGACUUGGAGAAACUAAAAAGAGGUGUAAUUAACAUUUCUGAAGUUGCAAGUUGCCAAGUAGGGGGCGUCAUUGAAGAUAUUGAAAAAGAACCACCAGAAGAAUCACUUGUAGUUGACUUUACCGCAAAUGUAAUCGCUAAAGGAACCAUAGUGAAGUAUAGUGCCUCAGAUGAAAACAUCCAAGUUAUGAUGGAAACAAUUCUACAAGGAGAUGCUUUACUACCCAUGCCACCGGAAGAGGAGUUGAUUGUGAAGGUCAAAGAUGCACCUGGAUACAUACUAUGUUGCCCAAGACACUUACUUAUUCGAUGCUCUAAUCUGUUAUCAUCUUCUAGCUUCACCCAUGUCAAAGUCAAGUAUAUGAGUUGUCUGACCACAAGCCAUUAA